AUGGGUAUGGAAUGCCUCGUCCUCGGUGCUGGGCAGGAAGUUGGGAAGAGCUGCGUGGUAGUAACAAUCAACGGCAAACGAAUAAUGUUCGACUGUGGAAUGCACAUGGGUUACGAUGAUCAUCGUCGCUACCCUGACUUCUCUCUCAUCUCUAAAUCCAGAGAUUUCGACCAUUCCCUCGAUUGCGUUAUCAUUACUCACUUUCAUUUGGAUCAUGUUGGCGCGCUUCCUUACUUCACCGAAGUUUGCGGCUAUAAUGGACCUAUUUACAUGACGUAUCCUACGAAGGCGUUGGCCCCUUUGAUGUUGGAGGAUUUUAGAAAAGUUUUGGUUGAUAGAAGGGGCGAGGAAGAGCAAUUUACUUCUCUUCAUAUUUUACAAUGUAUGAACAAAGUCAUACCCGUGAAUCUGAAGCAGACUGUGCAGGUUGAUGAUGAUCUUCAGAUUCGUGCCUAUUAUGCUGGACAUGUUCUUGGAGCUGCAAUGUUUUAUGCAAAGGUGGGAGACUCUGCUAUGGUGUACACAGGAGAUUAUAAUAUGACUCCAGAUAGACAUCUGGGAGCAGCUCAAAUUGAUCGACUUCAACUAGACCUCCUUAUAACAGAGUCUACGUAUGCAACAACUAUACGUGAUUCAAAGUAUGCUCGAGAAAGGGAAUUUCUGAAGGCUGUCCAUAAAUGUGUUGCUGGAGGAGGAAAGGUGCUUAUUCCUACAUUUGCGCUUGGAAGAGCUCAGGAACUCUGUAUAUUGUUGGAUGACUACUGGGAGCGUAUGAAUCUCAAGGUUCCUAUAUACUUCUCAGCUGGUUUGACCAUUCAAGCUAAUAUGUAUUAUAAAAUGCUUAUCAGCUGGACCAGCCAGAAGGUCAAAGAGACAUAUGCUACAAGGAAUGCAUUUGAUUUUAAACAUGCUUCUCAUAUCAAUGCAUGUCUUCAAGUCAAAUCUAACAUUGUUGGUGCUUUUGUUCAAGCACUUUGCCCACUCAUUGUCUAUGAUGAUGAUGUUUGCACAAGCAUAUCAAUCAUUGUUAUAUCAGGUUCUUUUGUGGCAUCUCUGAUUUUUCACAAUUUUGAUCGUUCUCUAAUAAAUGCUCCUGGGCCUUGUGUUCUCUUUGCCACACCUGGGAUGAUUAGUGGUGGAUUUUCACUGGAGGUUUUUAAACAGUGGGCUCCUUGUGAAAUGAAUCUUGUAACAUUGCCUGGAUAUUGUGUGGCUGGAACUGUAGGACAUAAAUUGAUGUCGGGUAAACCUACUAAAAUUGAUUUGGACAAGGACACCCAGAUUGAUGUGCGAUGCAAGUCCUUUAAAGCCAUUAAUCCUGUUCUGGAGGUUAGAGCCUGGAGGUCUAGGAGUGUUGUGUUUCCUGAACAUACAUGUCCUCAUACAGACAGCAAAGGAAUCAUGGAUCUUGUCAAAUUUCUCUCGCCCAAGAAUGUGAUACUUGUACAUGGUGAGAAACCUAAAAUGGGUUCUCUUAAAGAAAGAAUACAGUCUGAACUGAGAAUUCCGUGUUAUCUUCCAGCCAAUUGUGAUACGGUGUGCAUUCCUUCUACUAUCUGUGUGAAAGCACAUGCCUCUGAUGCAUUUAUUCGCAGUUGCUUGAAUCCUAAUUUCAGAUUCUUAAAAAGAAGUAAAGAAGACAAUUCUUAUGAAGUUUCAAGAAACACAAAUGCCACAGCCACACUGGAGGUAAAUGACGAAAGAAUUGCUGAAGGGAUCUUGAUUAUGGAAAAAGGCAAGAAAGCAAGGGUUGUACACCAAGAUGACCUGCUGCUCAUGUUGGGGCAGAAGAAGCACGACGUUCAGUUUGCUUAUUGUUGCCCCGCCCAACUUGAUAACUUGGAAGAGACUAGAAACAGAGAUGAUGCACUUAGUCUUACCAACAAGUGCUCCUGGCUUCAGCUGUUGUUUAAAGAACUUUCAAAUUAUCUUUCUGGAGUGAACAUCCAAGAUCUUGGGGAGCAUCUUCAAGUAGAGUCAUUUCUUGUGUCUGUAUGUUUGAAGGACAACUGCCCAUACCGAAUAACUGAUCAUACUAAAAAAGAAUCAGCGACAGUAUUUUUUUGCUGCACUUGGUCUGCAGCAGAUGAAAAACUGGCCCGGGAGAUCAUUUCAGCCAUGGAGAGGUUCAAUUUAAGUGGCAAUUGA